AAAAGAAUUAAACACAAAGUCGCCCGAGUUAUCUUCCCCUGGAAAAAGAUAAUUUUACCGAUUUCAUCAGUUAGAAUUUGUAAAAUGAAGUGUUUACUUGUUUUUCUAUCAAUAACCGUGUGUUUGGUUGACCAUGGUUACAGUAAUAAGUAUAGCGAGGAGUCAAAUAAGAAUUGGCACGAGGAAGAAAUACGACCAUUCAGAAUGAACAAGAUAAACCUGCUGUGGGAGAAAGCAAAAAAGAAGCUGGAAGGAAACAGAUUAGCAGAUCUUUAUGCUGAUUUAAAAUUACACGAUAAAUUGGAAGGAAAAUUAAAGAAAUUGAAAUCAGAUGAUAUGGAUAAAGAUGGUCUUCAAGAAGCUGAUGUUCUCGUCCGAUUUAGAAAUAUAGUCUUUAAAUAUAGCUUACAAGAUUUUUUCCCCGUUGAGGAUCCUGCUUGGUUAAAUGAUGUUCCUACUAAUGACAAAUCAUGGCCAUUUUUCUCAGACAAAAAGUUAGAAAAAAUAUGGAAAGCAGCAUCGCUUUCUGACUUUUCAGAGGAUGAACUGGAUAAAUUACGUGACGAAUUUAGACAUCAACAGAUGAAAAUUGAUGAAUUGAAUGCCCUAAAAGAUCAAGUUGAAGAUAUUAACGACAAUACAAUCCAUAAUAAUAAAAAUGGUGGGAAUGAUUUCCCUUCAGCAAGCGAUAAGAAGACUGCGAUGAAAGAUACUAAUCGUGCCAUUAAGGAGGGUUAUAUACGAUUACAGAAUAUGAUGGAGAAAACUAAAGAUGGGGUGGACUUUAAAGAUCCACGUGUAUACCAGCUGUGGGCCCUCGUUAAAAAAGCCAAUUUAUCUCAAGAAGAGAUGGAAUCUUUUAGGGAAGAAUUACGUCAUUUUGAACAUCGGAUAGAAAAACAUGAAUAUAUGCAAGGUCAAGUUGAACUGUCUAAGUUAGGUUUAGAAGACGAAGUUAAAGAUGGCCGAUAUCCACAAAAACAUCUCGACUUAGAAGAAAAGGCGAAACAAUAUAAACAUAAGAUGAAGAAACUCCAUAUUGAUUUACAGAAUCGUGUGAAUAAAGUAAUCCAGCGACACACAGAAUUAUAACCCAAUCAGAAU